AUGGCACAAGGUCUUGACGCGGGGUUUAUCUUCGCAAGUCGUUUUGUAUCGAUCCACGACUCAAGCGUCGACAAGUGGGUGACGAGCCGGGGCCUCCGGAAGUUUCGGCACUACUUAUUCAGCCAAUGGCUGCCGUACAACCGUGUGUACGGUGGACCUGACGAUGUCCGCUUUUGGAAGUGGCAAGUGUACCACAGUCUACCAGGCAGCUCGUACACCAACAAUCCCACCGAGUACUUCAACUGUUGA